AAUCAACCUUAUGUGGCGUGUGCGGCCUUCCGGCCGAGAAGAGUCAGCCGUGCCUUGAAGCCCUCGCCGCGGUGUCUCCCUUCCUCUUCUCGGGCUCCCUGUCCUCUGCAGCGUGCACCUCGCCCCACUCCUGCAGCCUCUGCUUCCCGCUGCUCCGCCCUCUCCGCUCAUCCCUGCUGCAGCGGGGAUUAGGACCCAGCUCCAGUCACCGUGAAUCAUCGGCCCGGCCGGAAGCUGGUGGGGAGGGGAGGACACGGAGUGGGGCUGCUGCCUCCCCACCGGGUCCUUCCUCGCUCCCCUCCCUUGGGCUGUGAAGCUCAAUCAGAGUAGAGAAGCCGUCUUGGGGAUCACAGGACGCCCCGCCCCGUCCAUCCUUCUCAUCCCCUUCCCGCAACACAGAAACUGGACAGGCUGGGGCAGCGAGAGCUAAAAGCCUUGCCAGCCUGAGGCCCGGGGCAGGCGGACAGAAGGAAGGGACAGGUGGGGCGGAUGUCAGGUGGCAGGGGUGCCAGGUGGACAGUGGGAGGGCUGGCUGGCACAGUGGCCCGCAGGUAGGACUUGGCACAGAGGACUUGGCAGACGGCACGAGGUGAGCAGGGGCAGAUGCCAGCCUGCAGGGACAGGUGGGAAAGGUGUGGGAUUGGCGGCCGACCUCCGAGACCCUCACUCUCCCCAGACCCCGAGACGGCCCGCCAUGGGGCUCGGCACCUUCCUGCUGCUGUGUGUUCUGGGUCUCAGCCAGGCAGACAAAGAGAAGAUCUUCGAUGGUGCUGAGUGUGUCCCCAACUCCCAGCCCUGGCAGGUGGGGCUGUUCGAGGGCCGCAGCCUGCGCUGUGGGGGGGUCCUCAUCCACCCGAGGUGGGUGCUCACAGCGGCUCACUGCAAUGGCAGCAGGUACUGGGUGCGCCUGGGGGAGCACAGCCUCAGUAGGCUGGAUUGGACGGAGCAGAUCCGGCGCGGCGGCCUCUCUGUGACCCACCCCGGCUACCGGGGAGCCCUGCAGAGCCAUGAGCACGACCUCCGGCUCCUGAGACUUCGCACUCCCAUCCGCCUGACCCGUAGUGUCCAGCCACUGCCCCUGCCCAGCGCCUGCGCGGCCGCUGGCACCAACUGCCACAUCUCAGGCUGGGGCACCACCAACCAACCAUGGGAUCCGUUCCCGGACCGACUCCAGUGCCUUAACCUCACCAUUGUCUCUACUGACGCCUGCCGGGCCGUGUUCCCCGGGAGAAUCACAGCCAACAUGGUGUGUGCAGGUGGUGUUGCUGGGAAGGAUGCCUGCCAGGGAGACUCUGGGGGCCCGCUAGUGUGCGGAGGAGUCCUUCAGGGUCUGGUGUCCUGGGGGUCUGUGGGGCCUUGUGGGCAAAAAGGCAUCCCAGGGGUCUACACAUCUGUUUGCAAAUACGUGGACUGGAUCCGGAUGAUCAUGAGGAUCAACUGGCAGGAGGCAGGUGGGCAGCGCCCCAGGAGGGCCCCCACACCCCGCCCCCAGGGCGAUAAGGCAGGGCUUGGAGGCCAGUCAUCCGGCCCCGCCCGGGCCAUCCCUGCCUGCCUGUCUGCCUGGUGCCUGGUGCUCCGACCCAGCCUGCCGCAGCUGCCACCGCCGGGCCCCCAGAGCCCCAGCCCCAGAGCCUGCGCCUGCCCUGGCUCCUUCCAGGCCAUGAGGAUUCUUCGACUGAUUACACUUGCUCUGGUGACAGGGCAGGUAGGAGGAGAGACCCGGAUCAUCAAGGGUUUCCCGUGUCCGCCUCACUCCCAGCCCUGGCAGGUGGCCCUGUUCCAGAAGACACGGCUGCUGUGCGGGGCCACCCUCAUCGCCCCCCAAUGGCUCCUGACAGCAGCCCACUGCCGCAAGCCUAAUUACCGGGUCCUCCUGGGGGAGCACAACUUGCAUCGGGAGGAUGGCUAUGAGCAGAGGCAGACGGCCACCGAGUCCUUCCCCCACCCCGGCUUCAACAACAGCCUCCCCAACAAAGACCACCGGAACGACAUCAUGCUGGUGAAGCUGCCCAGAGCGGCUGACAUCACCCAGGCCGUGCGACCCCUCUCCCUGCCAUCGCACUGUGUCACCGCUGGCACCAACUGCCUCAUUUCUGGCUGGGGCACCACAUCCAGCCCCCAGUUGCGCCUGCCCAACACCUUGCGAUGUGCCAACAUCUCCAUCAUCAGGCACGGGGAGUGCGAGCGCGCCUACCCAGGCAACAUCACAGACACCAUGGUGUGUGCCAGCGUGCGGAAGGAAGGCAAGGACUCCUGCCAGGGUGACUCUGGGGGCCCUCUGGUCUGUAAUGGGUCUCUUCAAGGCAUUAUCUCCUGGGGCCAGGACCCAUGUGCAGUUUCCAGAAAGCCCGGUGUCUACACAAAAGUCUGCAAAUAUGUGGACUGGAUUCAGAAGAUUAUGCACAACAAUUAG